AGAAGAAAGAAGAAUACCGACAAAAUAAACAGAUAGCCCGGCAGAAAAAAAAGCCUGCACCUCUAAAUCAGCCUCGACAGCAAGGCAUGUCAUACCAACUUAGCCUGUGUUGCAUUCACACUGAAAUAUAUACCAUGACAUAAAGUACUUUUUGUUCUUUUCAUUCAUAAACAGGAGAUCGUACCCCGUUUAAUGAUAUAACCAACAAAGCUACGGAGGAAAAUCGGGCACGUGGCAGUACUACCAGUUGGUAUGCUCGAAUGUCUGCUGACAAGAAAGAAGAAUACCUAAUGAAGCUGCGGAUAGGACGCCAACAAGUUAAGGAUGCAGCUCCAAAUGCUGGUAGACCGUGUUCUCAAAACAUUACCGGAAAAAAUCUCCUCGCUUCCUUCGAUCAAACUGAGAAGCCUGCACAUACCACGUGUGACAAUAUUGACGAACCAACUCAGCUUGCAGGAGUGUGUACCCCGUUAAAUGACCAAGCACUAUCCGCUCCUACAGAUGUAAAUCUGGAACGAAAAAAAAGUAAUAGUACCAGUUGGUAUUCACGAUUAUCUGCUGAGAAGAAAAAAGAAUACCUACAUAAACAAAAGAUUGCACGACAACAAAAAAAGGCUGCAGCUCUUACUGUGCAAGGUCAAUCAUGUUCAGAGACGCAUGACAUUGGCAAAAAUACUACUAGGCGAGAGCGUGAACGAGCACGUCGGGAAAUGCUAACAUCAAGUGAGAUAGAAGUCAUUAAUGCAGAACGAAGAUCUCACAGGCAGAACCUAUCACCCGGGAAGAGGGCAACUAUGCUAGCUAAUCGCAAUGCAAAAGCCGUGGCUAAGCGGAACACUCCAUGCGCUCAAUCCAUCGCGAUGAAGUGCCCUCUUAGUUUGCAAUCAGAAUCAAACUUGUUGUUCCCACCAACAGUCACAAACCCCUCACCCACCGUGGAGGCAUCCGCUGCAGCUCAUGCGUCACAAUCAGUGUGUGAUAUGGAGGCGUUUCUUGCCAGGCUCAUGGAGGAGAAUCCCAACCCAACCAACCUAAUGGACGAGGAAUAUUAUCUAUUCGCCGGUGAAGGUUCCGACACUAAUGACAUGGACUUUGAGGAACCAGAGUCGAACGGCACAGGCUCUGUAGACGAGGAUCCUUUUGACUUUGUGUACUCAAACCUGCCGGACAGCACACACAUCCUUAAGCACGCCGACAACCGCUUGCUAUGCACAGCCAAGAAAUUCGAGGACAGCAUCCGGUUCUUCAACGGACACUUCUCCUUCACAACCCUUGGCGUCAGCCUCGACAACAACUAUACAAACAUGAAGUCCGGGGUGUACACAUUUCGGGCACAUAAAACCAUGUACCACAACGUGCAUUCGUUCGGGCCAGGUUCUCGUCCGGAACAUCUGCAACUGUACUUCUACGAUGAUGACCCGAACCUAGACCAUCGUAAGAAAUCUACCGAGAAUUUAGAUCAGUCCGUCGUCAAGAUCAACCUAGCGAAAAGGUUUGAGCGAAGCAUUAUCCUCCAUGGUAAUAACAAUGAGAAAUACGAGUAUACAAGCCACACGGGCUGUUACGACCCGCUCUCAUACCCCCUGUUCUUCCCAAAUGGGGAGCUCGGGUGGCAUCCUAAUAUACCAAAAUUUGGUGUGUCAUAUGAAGCUGCGCAAAGGUCAAGAGCAAACCGGGAUAACGAUGCAGAAGGAAGAAGCAGGUUGUGCGUCUCUGUGAGGGACUACUACUGCCACAGGCUGCAAACACGACCUGCCAUAUUCAACCCCAUAUUGCAUGGAGGACGAUUGUUCCAGCAGUUUGCGGUCGACAUGUACAUCAAGAUAGAGGGUUGCAGGUUGAACUGGGUUAGGGACCAUCAGAAGGAGAUACGUGCUGACCUGUAUAAAGGCAUUGUUGAUAGCAUCACUGCAGGAGAAACUCGAGCGAGCGCUGUUGGCAUAAGGACGGUGCUCCCAUGGUCGUUCAAGGGUGGUUAUCGAGACAUGAAGAAGAGACAUAUGGACGCAAUGGCAUUGGUGCAAACAUACGGCAAGCCUGACAUUUUCCUAACAAUGACUUGCAACCCAAACUGGCAGGAGAUACUUGAUGAUUUAUAUCCUGGCCAGACCCCGCAAGAUCGACCAGAUCUGGUUGCCCGUGUGUUUAGAGCAAAACUGGAAACGAUGAAGGAGAUGCUCCUCAAGAAUCACAUCCUGGGUGUUGUCAAAGCACAUGUAUAUGUGGUCGAAUUCCAGAAAAGAGGCCUCCCACAUGCCCAUUUCCUCUUGAUCAUGGAUUCAACAUAUAAACUCGUUGUGCCAGAGCAGUACGACCAGGUCAUAUCUGCCGAGCUCCCUGACAAGAAUAAGUACCCAGACCUCUAUGCCAUGGUAGUAAAGCAUAUGAUGCAUGGCCCAUGCGGUGUUCUCAAGCCCAACAACGUGUGCAUGCAGGAUGGGGUGUGCAAGUGCAGAUACCCGCGAGCUUUCAAUGAGACCACCGUACAAGGGAAGGACUCCUACCCUGUUUAUCGCAGACGGAAAGAUGGUCGUCACGCUAAGGUCCGUGGCCAGAUUCUGGACAAUAGAUGGGUUGUGCCUUAUAACCCAUACUUGUUGCGGAUGUUUAACUGCCACAUCAAUGUUGAGGUGUGCUCCAGCAUCAAGGCUGUUAAGUACCUUUAUAAGUACAUAUACAAGGGCCACGAUCGGACUUCGUUCAACAUCGACCAGCCCGACAAUGACGGUAACAUAGAUGAGAUCAAAAGAUAUGUUGACGCACGGUGGGUUACUCCACCGGAGGCCAUGUGGAGGAUAUUUGGCUUCAAGCUCUGUGAUAACUCACCAUCGGUCCUACAGCUGCCGCUUCAUCUCCCAUAUAUGCACAGAGUUACUUUCAAAGCAGGAGAAAAUCUGACUGAUGUUCUCGCACGGGAUAAGGCAGAGAGUUCAAUGCUCACAGAGUAUUUUGUGGCUAACAAUAAUCACCCGUGGGCUCGACAUAUUUUGUACAGGGAUUUUCCCGGAAGCUUCACAUGGCAAACGUCAAAGUAUUGGAAGCCAAGGCAAGAACGUCAUCAAGUUGGUCGAGUUGUGUCAGCCCAUCCAGCCGAGGGGGAUCGAUACUUCCUGAGGGUGCUGCUAAACCACGUACCAGGAUCGACGUCCUUCGAUGAUCUGAAGACCGUCGAUGGUGUCUUGUGUGGCAGCUUUCGCCAAGCCGCUGAGAUGAGAGGUCUCAUAGAUGCAGAUAACACGCUCGACGAUUGUCUCACCGAGUCAGAACAGUUUGCGAUGCCAGCUUCGCUGAGGAGGCUCUUCGCAACAAUCUUGGUAUUCUGCGAGCCUGGUGAUGUGCGAGGUUUGUGGGAUAGGCACAAAGAGGCAAUGUCUGAUGACUUCCGGCGACAUCACACGAGCCCAAACAUAGUAGAGCAGAAGGUGUUGCUUGACAUUAGUGGCAUGUUGCAAUCCAUGGGCAAAGACAUAAAGAUGUUUGAUCUUCCCGAUAUAGACGAGACAUAUGACACCACAGGAGGCGAGGCCAGAGAGAUCAUCGAAGAGAGAAAUAUCGAGGUUGAUUCCAGGGACGAGAAUCUUGAGUCCUCUCUAAAUCCUGAGCAAAGGUGUGCCUAUGCCAAGAUAUUGUCAGCGGUUGACAGCGCUGAAGGAGGUGUCUUCUUUGUCGAUGGCCCAGGAGGCACGGGGAAGACCUUUUUGUAUAGGGCGCUCCUUGCCAAGGUCCGAGGCCAGAAGAAGAUUGCUAUCGCAACAGCGACGUCUGGCGUUGCCGCUUCCAUUAUGCCUGGAGGCCGAACCGCCCACUCAAGGUUCAAGAUCCCACUGAACCUCGAAGAUGGGUCAUCGUGUAACUUCACAAAGCAAAGCGGGACAGCCAAGCUCUUAAGGAUGGCGUCGCUCAUCUUAUGGGAUGAGGCCACCAUGACGAAGCGGCAGGCAGUUGAGGCAUUGGACAACAGCAUGCGUGACAUAAUGGGGCGACGGGACCUACCAUUCGGCGGAAAGACUAUCGUUUUUGGUGGAGAUUUUAGGCAGGUGUUGCCUGUCGUAAGGAAGGGGUCACGGGCGGAGAUAAUAGACGCGGCCCUGCGGAGUUCAUACCUCUGGAAGGGCAUGCAUCAGCUGCCGCUCGUCACCAACAUGAGGGCCCAUAGCGACAAAUGGUUCGCAGAUUACUUGCUGAGGGUAGGGAAUGGCACCGAGGAAGCUGACAUGGAAGGUAACAUACGGCUCCCAGAGGAUAUAUGUAUACCAUCUACGGACAUGGAUAAGGACGACCUAGAGAAGCUGAUCGAGCAUGUAUUUCCUUCUUUAAGCGAUAACAUGGAUGAUCCAAACUACAUGACUUCUAGAGCGAUCCUCUCAACCAAAAAUGACUAUGUCGACGGUAUAAACAAGAUCAUGAUAAAACGUUUUAAUGGCAAGGAGAAGAUAUACCACAGCUUUGACAGUGCAGAGGAUGAUCCGCAUGGCUACUACGCUCAAGAGUUCCUACACUCGCUAACUCCUAAUGGGCUGCCCCCCCACGAGCUUAAGUUGAAGAUUAAUUGUCCCGUUAUACUCCUCAGGAACAUUGAUCCAGCGAACGGACUGUGUAACGGCACGAGGCUUGUCGUUCGGGGGUUCCAGAAGAACGCUAUCGAUGCUGAGAUCGUGCUUGGACAACACGCUGGCAACAGGGUGUUCCUUCCUCGGAUACCUCUCUGCCCGUCCGACGACGAAAUGUUCCCAUUUAAAUUUAAAAGGAAGCAAUUUCCGAUCAGACUCAGCUUUGGCAUGACGAUCAACAAGGCGCAAGGGCAGACCAUCCCUACUGUCGGUGUUUACCUACCAGAACCCGUAUUCUCCCAUGGUCAGCUGUACGUCGCCUUGUCUAGAGCUACCGCAAAGGUAAACAUUAAGAUCCUCGUCGUAAAAAAAAAGGACAAGGGCAAGGAGAUCGUCAAUGGCCCAUUAGGCAAAGGCAAAGCCAAUGGCAGCGACCAGACCAAUAAUACCAAGAAGCGAAAAAGAGAUGACUUGGGGAAAUCUCUGGAACACUUCAUAUCUGAAUGCCAUAAGGCCCUCAAUGGUGAUGUUGAAACUUCUGGUCCUGACUGGCAACACAUCUGA